CACAAGGGCACAAAUUCACAUUCAAUCACAACCAUUUCACAACUACUUAUAUUAUAUUUUCCCUGCAAUACAUUAUUCGUAAUUCGUAUUUCGAUCGAUAAAGGCAAACCGUGAAGUAAGAAAAUAGACUAUAAAGUAAAUUUUGUAAUACAAACACAAUUAAUAAUUCACAACUAUGAACAAGAUUAAAAGUGGGGACAACGUCUUAAUCCUAUGGAAUGAGAAUGACCCAAAUGAUCUAAGCAAUUUAGUUAAUGAAAUUCAAAGUGUUAAGGCUUCUGUUGUUCUCGAAAACUCGAGUAUGAUUGCUGAAGGUUCGAGGCCUACUUCAUCAUUUGAUGUGAUAAUAUCAAACUGGUUACCUCCACACACAGUGCAGCACAGUGAUAGUUUACUCGCCCUUUUAAUUAAGUUACUAAAACCCAGUGGUAAAGUCAUACUAAAAGACACAUUAGAUGUUAGUUCAGCGCUCAAACUAAAUGGAUUUUUAAAUGUCACAAAAACUGCAGAAAAUGAGUUUACUGCUGAAAAACCUAAAUUUGAGGUAGGGGCUAAAGUAUCCCUUAAGCUAAACAGCAAGCCAGCAGUAUGGAAACUGGAAGACACAGUAGAGGAGGCAUGGGCGGGGACCAAUGAAGAUGAAAUAAUUGAUUCUGAUGUUUUGCUGGAUGAGGAUGAUCUGAAGAAGCCAGAUCAGCAGUCUUUACGAGUUUGUGCAACAACGGGCAAACGAAAGGCGUGUGCAGAUUGUUCUUGUGGCUUAGCCGAGGAGUUGAGAGGGGAGACCAAAGAUACGCCUAAAUCCUCUUGUGGAAGUUGUUACCUCGGCGACGCGUUCCGCUGCGCUACGUGCCCGUACCUCGGCAUGCCAGCCUUCAAACCUGGAGAAAAGGUCAUGUUGGAUCUCAAGUCAGAUAUAUGAAACACUAUACUUACUGUACUGUAGUCUCUUUAUACGCUUCGUAUUUCAUGUUGUGAUUCCUUAAUAUAAUAAAUUAAUUCUGUCAUUUAUAAA